UUUCGAGGGCGGCUCGAUAAAAUUCGGUUUUUCAAGCCCCAGUUGAGGUGACUCUGUUACAGACGAAGGCGGGGCGAAAUGCAGAAAUGGUGGCGGAGUCGGAAAUGGGAGCAGACUCGAGUCUUAUGGUUGAUACUGUUUCUUCACGUCGCAGCCAUUCUUAUCUUCACCCGAGGUUUUCUACUCACCCGGACCGAGCUCCCCUAUUACAGCCACUGCUCCGAUCUUUCCCACUCACCUUGCUUCUCUUCUUCUUCUUCUUCUUCUUCUUCUUCUUCCUCUAACUCUUCGCGUUGCUGGACCAAGCCUGCUGUAGAUCGUAUCGUCAUCAUUGUCCUCGACGCCCUCAGGUUUGACUUCGUUGCUCCCAGUGCAUUUUUCGGAGAGUCGAAACCAUGGAUGGACAGAUUAAAAGUGCUACAAAAGCUGGCCUCUGAGCGAGGAUCAUCUGCCAGGAUUUUCAAAGCUAUAGCAGAUCCUCCUACCACGAGUUUGCAGCGUUUGAAAGGCCUGACAACCGGUGGACUGCCAACUUUUGUUGAUGUUGGGAAUAGCUUCGGUGCUCCAGCAAUUGUUGAAGAUAACUUUAUACAUCAGUUGGUUCAAAAUGGAAAGCGAGUAGUGAUGAUGGGCGAUGAUACAUGGACGCAAUUGUUCCCUAAUCAUUUCAAAAAGUCUUAUCCGUACCCCUCUUUCAAUGUUAAAGAUCUACAUACCGUAGACAAUGGAUGCAUUGAGCACCUACUUCCAACCUUGUAUGAAGAAGAUUGGGAUGUUCUUAUAGCACAUUUUCUUGGUGUGGAUCAUGCAGGCCACAUAUUUGGUGUUGAUUCCAGUCCAAUGAUAGAAAAAUUGGAGCAAUACAAUGACAUUUUGGAGAAAGUAAUUGAAGUGCUGCAGAACCAGUCUGGACCAGGUGACUUACAUGAUAAUACGAUUCUUCUUGUGAUGGGUGACCACGGACAAACCCUAAAUGGUGAUCAUGGUGGAGGGAGUCCUGAAGAGGUGGAAACAUCAAUAUUCGCCAUGAAUUUUAAGAAGCCUCCACUGUCAAUACCAUUGGAGUUUGAUAGUUUGUCUUGUGAACAAGAUUUGGAUAGGAGGAAGAUGUGCAUCAGCUCUAUCCAACAGCUUGACUUUGCAGUAACACUGUCAGCGCUGAUUGGUGUCCCCUUUCCUUUUGGAAGCAUUGGGCGUGUUGAUGCCAAUCUAUAUGCUUUAGGUGCUGGUACAUUGGACUUGGAAGGCACUGAUAUAGAAAAUUGUGAAAAUCAGUCAAAAUUGGAACAAUGGAUGCAAAAUUAUGUCAAUGUGCUCUGUAUCAAUUCUUGGCAGGUGAAAAGGUACAUUGAUGUAUAUUCAGCUUCAUCUGUCAUUGGAUUUUCGCAUGAAGACAUGUUGCAAAUAGCAGACAUAUAUGCUCAAGCAGAGGAGAAUUGGUCACAUAGUACAAAGAGAUUAUUGUUACAAAAAAAUGAAUGCAGUGAUUCAUUAUUACCUGCUCUUAAGAUGCAAAUUGAUUUAUUUGUUAAUUUCCAAACAAGUGUUGCUGAGCUAGCACGCUCAAAAUGGACUGAGUUUAAUCUAAACAUGAUGGGUAUUGGUUUCGGCAUCAUGUUAGUGUCACUCCUUAUCCAUUUCUUUUCUAUCAAGAGGGUGACAAGGCAGCAUGGUGCUUCUGUUACUUCAUGUGAAGAUUCUGGGAUUUCUUUUGGCUUAAUUGUUGCAUGUUUUGUAGUGGUUAUACGUGCAAGCAGCUUCCUCUCAAAUAGUUAUAUCUUGGAAGAAGGAAAAGUUGCUAGUUUUCUUUUGGCUACAACUGGCAUUGUUAAGUUACGUUAUUCAGUCAUGAAGAAGAGGAUGCUAUUAGAAGCAGUUGUCUUCCUUCUCUUGACCACCUUCUGCAGAUUUACUAUUGAAGUUGGGCUAUCAAAGCAGGCUGCAACAUCUCAAUUUCUGAAUGUAUAUCCUUCAUGGAUGAUGAGUAUUGCCUCAGGGAUUCCUGCUCUGGUAUAUGCAGCUGAAGUUGUGCCAUUGCUAGUGCUGAUUUUCUUGGCAUACUUGCUAUACAAGACUAUUUCCAGCAGCAUUUUUGAAGGUGUUUGGAAGUACGUGAUCAUGGGAGCCAUUUUAAGUUAUAUGCUCAUAGCGGUGCAUUGGGCCUCAGAAAGUAGCAUGUGGAGUCUGGCUCUGGUUUCUUAUGGCAUUGGCAGAAAUUGCAUUCCACAAAUUGUUUAUGCUAUUGGGUUUGGACAAUUAUUACUACUGGCAUAUGGUCAGGUGUUCAACAAAGAUAAAUGUUUAGAUUGCAAGAAAAACUUAAUUAUUAGAACUGUGGGGAUGCUAUCUACUUGGAGCCCAGUAGUCAUUCUUCUAUCAGGAAAACAAGGUCCCUUGGUUGCUUUAGCAUCCAUAAUUGCAGGUUAUUGCAUAAUUAGGUUGGACAAUAUAGAACAGGAUGGAACCAGUGACGUUUUGGCUGUUGAUCCUCUUCCUGUAACACAAUGGAACCUUUUAGCUGUGUGUCUGUUUUUCUGCACCGGUCACUGGUGUGCUUUCGAUGGCCUUCGAUAUGGUGCUGCAUUUAUCGGGUUUGAUGAAUUUAUCCUAGUUCGCCAAGCAAUCUUUCUUACAAUUGACACAUUUGGUUUUUCUCACUUCCUUCCGAUAUUUGGACUACCAUUUCUUGUUGCUCACCAGUAUAUGUCGAGUAAGAAACAGUUCAUUUUAAUGCGGUUAUCUCAAGUGUAUAUGAUAUAUGGGCUCAUUACGGCCGCUACGGUUAUGGUCACGAUGUUAUGUGUCACAAUUCACAGGCGGCAUUUAAUGGUAUGGGGGUUAUUUGCUCCAAAGUUUGUUUUCGAUGUGGUGGGUCUUAUCCUUACAGAUGUCUUGAUUUGCUUGGCCUCACUUUUUUCUUUUGGUCAAGUGGAGGACGAUGUGCCACAAAAUGAAAGUACUGAAAAGUGAAUGUCAUGUUACUAUCAACUCGGAAUACAUUUUUUUCUAGCGUUAUUAAUUGCUUUUAUAACAAUUCAUUUUAAGAUUAAGGUGGAAAAUACAUGAGCUAUUUACUUCAA